AUGCCAGAUUUUUUCGUGCUUGCACGAGUUGUAGGCUCGGAAGGUGCUUUUCCAGAGUGGCAGAAGAGGCUUGUUCCCCUUUGCGAAAUUUCCCAGACUGAGCCAUAUUCGACCUCUUACUACUGGGGCCAGGAUGUGGAUGGGGAACCGGACACACUCUGGGGGCUCGAAGGAUAUGCCCACCCUAUAGGAUUCUUCAUCGGACAUCCUUCUUCUGAGGUUUUCAAGCGAGAAAUGAAGCUGGUAGACGAACAUAAACUGCUUCGGAAUGUUCAGGGCUUGGGCAGCCCUGAUUAUGAUCUACAUUACUACGACAUGGAUGCCGGCUUCUUGACUAGGUCGGACGACAAAGAUAAAGACUCGAAGGACAGUUUCGUGACCGCCAUGCAUUUUUGGGCGCUUGAAGGGAAGCGAAAGCAUUUAAUUCGCGCAUUAUCCGGAUUCGCAGACCGUGUGCGUGCACGAGAAACAGGUGAGACAGGCGAUACGAUCAAAGUACAGAGCUUCGCUGUUCUCAAGGAAUCCCUGGAUGUGAAUAUGGCAAGCCUAUAUAUCAGAACAAGGACGAGGUUGGAUUGGGAGGAGUUUCAGAACUCAGACAUUUUCGACCAACUAAUGAACGACACUGCCGGUGUUAUAACCAAGCAUGAAUUCCACAGAUCGCAAGCUUUCAAUGGUCACAUCGACCAGAAGCCUAAACAGUCAAUGGAUACCUGA